AUGGAUGUAAUAUUAUGCCACGACCUUGUCACAACGACAUUAAUGGGACCCCCCGGGCCCCAACCCCCGCCUGCUUCCCUGGUCAAACCAGGCGACUUCUUCCUUCUGGAGAAUUUGACACAAGAAUUCUUGUUCGGGGUGCAUGGUGCAGGCAGGCCCCGCAAGAUAUACUCUGUUAGCCUUACCAGUAGUUAGCCCAUUUUAAUUGCUUAUCAUUUUUAUAUCAACGUUACACAUUUCAACACAAUCAUGAGUUCUGGUGGCACUCGCGUGUAUGUCGGCGGGCUUGUAGAAGGCAUCAAGAAGGAAGACCUCGAAAGAGAGUUCGACAAAUAUGGGAAACUAAAUUCAGUUUGGGUGGCACUUAACCCUCCCGGUUUUGCAUUCAUAGAAUUUGAAAACUUGCAAGAGGCAGAGGAUGCGUGUAGCGCUAUGAACGGCUUCGAGAUGUUAGGCGCGACCUUAAAAGUAGAGAUCUCCAGGAAGCGUGACGGACCACGCCGUGGAGGUGGCUUUAGAGGUGGCCGUGGAGGUAACUUCAGGGGUCGUGGUUUUGGCGGUCCGCCCAGUAGCGGUGGUGGCAGAUCGUUCAACUCCUACGGUGGCGGCGGCCGCCCCUACAAUCGCAACAAUCAACGCGAUGAGUACGGUUCCGGUGGUGGAAGCGUUCCAUUGAUGUCUCAAGGAAUUAGAGUUUCUUGGAAUUCUGAUAUCUGGUCAAAAAUAAUUUGUGAGAUGUAA